AAAGAGACGCGUUUCCCCCCACGAAUUCAUUGACAGACUUGAAGUCAUGUCAGCCUCAGCUUCAGCCCAUCAGCUAUAUACACCCAUGAUUUGUUCGUCUCUCCCAACCGGCCCUGCUUCCUGCUACUCUGCAUUCUCCAGCUCUUACUUUCAGAGAUGACCACUGAAACUAGCACUCUUCUAAGUACGUUGCCCAAGAAUAUACCAGCAAGCUUUCUCAAGCAAAUUACAGAUGAUUUCUCUCCUGAUCGAGAACUUGGUAAAGGUGCAUUUGGAACAGUCUACAAGGGAAUUCUGGAGGAUGGGGAAGUGAUUGCUGUCAAGAAGCUUGUGGAAAAUCCUCCUAUGGGGCAUGAGAAAACAUUUAGUAAUGAGGUCGGAAAUCUUAUGGCAAUCCAGCAUGAAAAUAUAGUGAAGUUGGUUGGUUUCUGCCAUGAAUCACAGAAGAAGUUGGUGCCGCACAAUGGAAGAUACAUAAUAGUAGAUAUAACUGAAGUUCUACUCUGCUAUGAGUAUCUACCCAACGGAAGCCUUGACAAGUAUCUAUUUGCUGAACCUAAUAGAAUGGACUGGGACACGCGGUUCAAAAUAGUUAAAGGAAUCUGCAAAGGUUUACAUUUCCUACAUAAGGAAAUGGAUCAGCCUGUUGUUCAUAUGGAUCUUAAGCCUGAAAAUAUUUUGUUGGAUGAUAACAUGGCCCCCAAAAUUGCGGAUUUUGGACUUGCAAGGCUAUUCGGUCAAGAGCAGACCCGGAUGCACACUCAAAAUGUUGUGGGAUCACUAGGAUACAUGGCCCCAGAGUAUUUAUAUAGAGGUGAAAUCUCUACCCAGUUAGACAUAUAUAGUUUAGGUCUACUAAUCAUUCAGAUCAGCACUGGAGAAAAGAAUAUACCCGAUGCUGAAGACAAGUGCGGAAGGAAAUUUAUUGACAGAGUACACAAAAACUGGACAGAUCGCCACGUAACGUCCAAGUAUGCAUCGUUCGAUGCAUAUCGCCUUCAACAAAUUGAAAUGUGUGUUGAAAUUGGGUUACAAUGUGUGGAAAAAGAACGCAAGAAGAGACCCUCCAUAGUAGAUAUUGUAGACAAGCUCGAUGGGAAGCACGCAGUCUAAAUGGUGGAUGAGAGGUUUCUCAAUCCCAACAAGUUUCCAACAAUUUGGUCUCAUGAGGAUUGCAGAUCAGUAUGCAAGAUGGAUAAAACAUGUUCGAUUAUUAAAAGAGGACCUGAAAUUCUUUAGGAAUAAGAUAAUUUCUGAUAUAAUGUCAUUAUGAGAACUAUCAAAUUUUAUUCUUUCCAUUGGCCGCGCAACUUUUGCAAUAAAUAUAUUUUCUUUGGAACAGUUAUUAUGAAGUGGUGUAUCAUAGUGGAUCUUGAGAAACCGCUUUUAUCAUAGUGCAGUAUGGCUUGAUCA